AUGAAGGGAACAGACGCCAUCUCUCCUGCUGUGGCCGCUCUCGAAAAGGCCGAGAAUGUAGAGCAACCUCCAGCAAAAGGCUCGUAUCCGCCCAUAUCUUCCAUUCCGAACACCUCGCCGAAACGUCUCGCCCAAGCCGCCGAAGAUGCUCCCAAAGAUGUCGCGCAGUCUGCCAAAACCGUCCUUUACCUCGCCUACGGCUCCAACAUGUGUGCAGAGACAUUCCUAGGGAAGCGAAAAGUGCGGCCUCUUUCUCAGAUGAACGUCUCCGUCCCGAUCUUGCGCUUGACGUUCGACCUGCCCGGACUGCCGUACCGAGAACCCUGCUUCGCAAAUGUCGGAUAUCGAAAGCUGCCCGAAAAGCCCAAGCUGCCCGACCCUCUUCACCCUCCAAUCGUCCCGCCACUGAACCCGCCAAAGACGGAGCAGGAAUGGGACGGCGGUCUCAUGGGAGUCGUAUACGAAGUGACAGAGGAGGAUUGGCGAAACAUUAUGAGAACCGAAGGCGGUGGCUCAGGCUACCAGGAGAUCAUGGUGCCGUGUCUGCCAAUGCCCGCCGAUGUUGGCGUUCCGGAGAAGCCAUUCCCGCCGAUGCCCACGCUGCCGAAACCUUUUCUCGCAAGAACCCUCUAUGCGCCAUUCGUUAUUGGUCCUCAUAGGCCAAAGCCCGACUAUGCUCAGCCGAGCGCCCGAUACCUGAAGCUCUUGCAAGACGGUGCACGAGAGCACGACCUUCCUCUAGCCUAUCAAGACUAUCUGGCCUCGAUGCAGCCCUACACCACGACGACGUUGAGACAGAAGAUUGGACAGAACCUAUUCCUCCUCUUCUGGGCACCGAUGCUGCUCUGGUUCUUCGGCAUAACGACUUUUUUGGCAGACGAGAGGGGAAAGGUUCCGCGGUGGGCUGCAAACACAAUAUCGGGGCUGUUUGGCGUCAUGUGGUACAGCUACGACAAGCUCUUCAUUUUCAUCUUUGGCGACGGCGAGCGAACGCAGGAUUCAAAGGACGAUUCGAAGCGACGAAAGUCAUUCUCGAUUGGAACAGUUGGAACAGACGAAGAGAAGGCGUCGUUGAUGCAAGAGAGCGAAGAAGAGGAAGAGUAA